AUGGCCACCCCCGAGAACCCAUUGGCAUCCUUCACCAAGCUGGGCCCGUCGGUCUACAUGCAAGACCCAGUCGAGCCAACCAAGCCCGGGCCCGUGAUCUUCAUAGCAUUCUGGUUAAAUGCGCUGCCACGCACCCUGGCCAAGUAUCUCGUCGCGUACAGGCAGCUCGUACCCUCGGCACGAAUCAUCUUCGUGGGGAGCUCCUCGACCGACCUCCUCUGGCACUCCACAGCCCGCGCGCAGCAAGCUCGUGUCGCGCCAGCGGUCGAAGCGCUACGCGCCUCUGCCUCCCUCGAUAAUCCGGUCUUUGUGCAUUUCUUCUCGAACGGAGGGCUGUUCACCAUCUCCAAUGUGCUGCAAGCCUACAAAGCCGCGACUGGGACCCCGCUACCGAUCUCGUCGAUGAUCGUCGACAGCGCCCCCGGCACCGCGAGCAUCCCCAGCUCAGUCACGGCGAUCUCUUAUGCUCUCCCUGAUAUCUGGCUCUUGCGUCUCGUGGGAAAGGGGUUUAUGUACUUGUUUUUGUCGCUGGCCAAAUUGGUGCAGACUCUCACCCGGUCUUUGGAUCCUAUUACUCUAGCCAACCGCGUUAUCAAUGAUCCAACCCUAGUGCAGGCUGUCAAUAGCAAGGGCGCGCUGGCUCGCUGCUAUCUGUACUCCGAUGUUGAUGGCCUGAUCGAUCCGCGUGAUGUGGAGAAGCAUGCCGAUGAAUCGGAAGCUCAGGGCUUAAUCGUGCGGCGUGAACUGUUCAAGGGUGCCCCUCAUGUCGGCCUUAUGAGAGCGGCGCCCGAUCGCUAUUGGGGGGUUAUCAACGAGUACUUGGUGGCAUUUGUGUCUCCGUGA